UCGGGGGGAGCCCGGUGAUUGGCUGGUGGUUGCACGCCCGCCCCGGCCCCUGGUAGCCCCGCGGUGCCGCCUGCCUGAGUGGGGCGGGGGCCGGCCGGGCUGCUUCCACUUGAGAGAUGGCGGCUGCCGUGAGGAGAUCGCUGCUGCUUCUCCUCUCGCGGAGCGGUGGCGGAGGGGCGCUGACAGCCGCCGGCUGCUUCCCCGGGCUGGGCAGGCACCGCCAGCAGCACAGGACGGUGCACCAGAGGCUUUCUCCAUGGCAGAGCUUGAGAGUGGUGCAUUGCAGUACAGUAGUGCCCUCUGAUGAUGUGACAGUUGUUUACCAAAAUGGAUUACCUGUGAUUUCUGUGAAUCUUCCAUCCCGGCGCGAGCGUUGCCAGUUCACGCUUAAACCUAUCUCAGACUCUGUUGGAGUGUUCUUACAACAGCUGCAGGCAGAGGACCGGGGAAUUGACCGGGUCGCAAUCUACUCCCCAGAUGGUACACGAGUAGCCUCUUCAACUGGCAUAGACCUCCUCCUGCUGGAUGACUUCAAACUGAUCAUCAAUGACUUAACAUACCAUGUUCGACCACCAAAGAGAGACCUCUUAAGCCAUGAAGAUGCAACCACGCUGAAUGAUGUUAAGACAUUGGUUCAGCAGCUGUACACCACUCUGUGCAUUGAGGAACACCAAUUGAACAAGGAAAAGGAGUUGAUUGGGCGGCUAGAAGACCUCAAGGAGCAGCUAGCACCCCUGGAAAAGCAGGUCAGGAUGGAAAUCAGCAGAAAAGCCGAGAAGAGGACCACCUGGGUUCUGUGGGGUGGACUGGCCUACAUGGCCACUCAGUUUGGGAUCCUGGCCCGACUCACAUGGUGGGAGUACUCUUGGGACAUUAUGGAGCCAGUCACCUACUUUAUCACCUAUGGUAGUGCUAUGGCAAUGUAUGCUUACUUCGUAAUGACACGUCAGGAGUAUGUUUACCCAGAUGCCAGAGACAGACAGUACUUAUUAUUUUUCCAUAAAGGAGCCAAAAAGACACGUUUUGACCUAGAGAAAUACAAUCAACUCAAGGAUGCAAUUGCUCAGGCAGAAUUGGAUCUUAAGAGACUUCGAGACCCACUGCAGGUUCACCUGCCUGUCCAGCAAAUCGAUGAUAAAGACUGAUCAGCAAAGAAUCUCUGAAUCCCAGCAAAAAGAAAACCUGUUCAUAGCUCUUGCCUUUUUAAUUAAAGCAUUGCAGGUGAAAGCUGGGAGGUAGUGUGGGGGUGGAGGGUUUUUACUUUUAAUUUAAAACAAAAAAGGACCGUGGGGGGAAAAAUCUCUGAAAUCUGAAGAUCGGGCAUUGUGGAAUGUUAGCCUCAAAAAGGGCUUGGCAAAUAUUGUCACAUGCAAGCAUUUGUAUCUGGAUGAAAAUGGUGUACAAAUACAAGAUUGGGAGUUUUCAUAAUGAGAAUAUAAUGCUGGGGGGCUGUCUUCUUCCAGCUUUGCAGGGUCUGCCUCUCAAUAAUGCACCAGCAGUCUGCUGAGCUCUUUUAAAUUUUCCUUUUUUGAUUUUUGACACACUCCAAUAACAAAACGCACCAAAAAACCAAGCCAUCUGGAGCUAUGGCUGGUGAACGGACAGUGAGCUCCAUCACCACUAAAACACAGUCCUGGUCAGACCUAGUGUCUUUUUUGUAAAGUUACUGCAAGACUGCUUUCUACUGAAAAUCAUGAGUUUCCCCUGCCCACCCCCAUUCCCUUCACUGACUUCUUCCAUUACUUGUUUGUUACACUGAUGAGUUUUAUCCAAAUCAGAAAUGGAACUAUCUUUGUUCUAAAUGUUUGAUAAUGGACACUUUGGAUUAUUCCUUAAUAUCUUCAAGUGUGAAGUGUCCCAGUGCUCUAGAGCUACUUCUAGAAAUAAUGGCAACAUUGCAUGAGUUUUUAUACUCAGUCUUAAGGAAGGAAGGUCUUUCCCACCCCAAAUCUGGUAGCCACCUGGUUGACCAAACUUUGAAGGUUUCAAGGAUUAGGAAAUUGACUCAGAAUCAUGACUCUUACUUAACCAAGCAGUUUCAGAAUGGGAAUAAUUAAAUUUGAUGAAGUUUGACUGCUUGUGUAAUGGGAUAAAUGGUCUCAUUUGUGGUACACUACUAUUUCUGCAGGCUUUGUCGAAGGCCAAGGUUCCUGUAGCAAAAGAUGCAGAAUUCCACUUUGAUUUUCUAGCCCGCUCCCUUAUUUAGCUAGCUUCCAAUGAACUCUGAUGCCCAAGGGUCAGGAUUUCUUAGGAAUGGCUAAUUGCAUCUCCAAUUCUUAUUUAAAAAAAGACAUUGGGGUUGGAAAACCGACACAUUGCUCUCCACCUUGCCUGAAACUAGCUGAUUUGUAAUACACAUAAUACACAGAAUACACAGAAAAGAUGGGGGUUUCUCUUGACAGUUCAUUCUUACUUCUCACUGUGUCUUGACGAGAGGCUCCAGUUUUUGGAGAACCAUGUUUAAAAAAAGAACAAAAACCAAACCAAUAUUAAGAUGCCAGGUGCCUUGCAGAUAUGGAAAAACAGAUGGGAUUGUUGCUGCCUCUCCUCACUCGGUGGCAUGUUGGACCGAAUGGAUGCAUGUUUCUAAUUUUUUUUUCUCCCCACAUUUUCCCUGUCUUUGUUUUAAUUACAUUAUGUGGGUUAUUUUUUACCUGUUUUAUCCUGUUUGCGUGCCGAGUUUUAAAGGGAAAGAAAAUGAACACAGUCUUGUAGCUGAAACCUUGCUGUGUGUUUGGGGUGAGGGAGGGGCAUGGAGAAAAAUCCUUACUUACAAAAAAAAAAAACCUGAACAUGUGUAAAAUCCUGUAUCAUUUAUGAAAUAUGUAUAAAGCAAUGUACUUCUGGAACAAUAAAUAACUAUUCAGUUUUUGAACUCAA